AAGAAUCUGAUUUCGUUUGUCAAAAACGAUGCUGUCUCGAUGGAGCAGAGCUUUAACCCAUCUCUCAAAGCUACGAUCAUUCAGCUCCUUUGAGUCAGGCAAUGAUUUUAGUACGAUUCGUCGCCGAAGCUAUUCAGCUGUUGAUUCCAUCGACAAAUCUUUUCCUACCAAACCGUCGGUAAAUUUGGAUAAAAUGUUUAGGUCUAAGCCUUGUUCAUUGGCUUUACCCCCAGACUCUCCCCUUAGAGUGGAAGACCCAAAGUAUGAAGGCCUUAAGCGUAUUGUUCUCAAGAUGAUGCUUUUCUAUAGUAAACAAAGCAAGUCGAUUCGAGGGGCAAAUGUGAUAUAUAGGCGUGUCCUUUCCCAAGUUGAUAAACCUGCCAUAUUUGAAGUAUUUAACUUGGAGAAGACCUUCCAGACGACGUUUUCUCUGCUUGUACUUCACAUGUGGCUCUGUUUACGCCGGUUGAAAACUGAAGGAAAAGAGGGUGUUGAACUAGGACAAUACGUCUACGAGAUUUACAAUCAUGAUGUUGAGCUCAGAGUAUCUAAAGCUGGGGUGAACUUACUAUUGACGAAAUGGAUGAAAGAAUUGGAGAAGAUUUUCUAUGGAAAUAUUGUUGCUUAUGACGCUGCAUUGCUGCCAGAGGCUACAAAGGAGGAGCUAACAGAGGUUAUAUGGAGGAAUAUCUUUUCUGAUGAUGGUACAUCCAAGCCAAUUGGUGCUGCAUUACGUACAGUCCAGGCAAUGGAAAGGUAUGUUCGUCGUGAAGUCAGUUGCCUCUCAUUAACGGAUAAAUCAGCCAUGUUUUCUGGGAACUUCAUGUUCACCCCAUUGGAAGGUAGGUCACCGGAUCCAACAAAAAGGUAGAAAGAUGGAUGAAGCUGAUGUGAGAAUUCAAUUUUCCUGGGAAAUACUUGAAAGAAAGGAAGAAAGAAUGGUGGCUAAUGCUAAACUGAUAUGCUUGUAAAGGGCUUCAUAUCACAGUCAAAGUAACUGUUGGCCGGGAUUUAUUUAUUUCAUACAGCAAUAGGAGACUAGGAGUUAUGGAACCGGAAAUUGAUGUAUUCUUGUAGCAUUAAUUGCAAAUUAUGCAACAAAGUUUGAU